UACUGCUUUCAUGCGCGUGGAUCGAUUUCAUUCAGUGGUUUGGUGUCAGUUUCUACAGCCGUUUAGCGAAUCAUCCAAGAGAGAAAAUUGAAUCGUUUGCUAUUAAAUUAGCUGCAUUAAAGGUAGUCGUCACGAUGAAGUCGAGAAGAGGUAGAGAAGGUAUCCGAAUGGAGAUUUGCGACGAUUCCAUUGCGUAUCCUCGUCACCAACAAACAGAAUUCAAUUCUCGAAAGCGUCGAGGGAAUCUGCCUAAAGAAUCGGUGAAGAUUCUAAAAAUGUGGCUUUAUGAACAUAGAUACAACGCCUAUCCUUCAGAUCAGGAGAAAAUUUGUCUUUCCAAGGAAGCAAACCUAAGUGUUCUGCAAGUUUGUAACUGGUUUAUCAACGCUCGACGUCGGAUUCUGCCGGAUAUCAUUCGCAAGGAAGGUCACGAUCCUCUUCAGUAUACAAUAACAAGAAAGACGUCACACAAACCACAAGGACUGCCCCAGCCACAUGACCUGGCCAGUCUGCAGACAGAUCAAGAUGAGCUAGCGAAAACUGAUCCAGCAUAUUUUUCUUCCGUUGAUGACAGCGCCACAGACGGUGACGUGGAGAGUGAGGAUAGUUCCAGUGAAGGAUUUACAAAUGUGCGUUCCACAUCACCCUCUUCGCAGAAUGGCACAGAUUGCCCAUUGAAGCUAAGGAAGAGGUGGCAGCGUAACCAUGAACAAGAAAUUUUGAUCAGAGAAUGGGAUGCGCCACCCGAUCCUCAGGUAACCCCCACUGAUGCCCAGACUGUUAAAAAUCCAUACAACCAGUUAAAAUCUAUUCCUGUUGUGACGAUAGCUGAGUCAUCGGGAGUCCUUACUUCGUCCACACUGACAUGUUUCACCAAUUGUAGUAAGUUUGAAUCCUUCCCUGUAUCAACCGAAGUCAGGUUUCAUGCAGCUGAUCCAAUCGAACUUCGACUCAAUCCACCUAACCAUUGGGUAACAACUGCGUACGUGACUUCCCCACGGUCACCUCCCGGGAUUUCCACAGAAGAUCCUUUUAGUUGCCUUAAUCUACUGGUAAAUGCCGCUGUUGAGGAACUAGAGAAGCGCGAAAUGAAACAUAAUGUAUGACUAUUAGUAAGAUAAAAAUCAUCUCAUUAUUUCAUUUAAUAAUGUGCCUUUCUCAUAUGAACGUGCGGAUAUCGAAUUUGUUCUAGCACCAACCGCGGAAAGAUUUUUAAAAUCACAUUUAAGUGUUUGAACGAAAACUGUUUAUUACACCCAAAAAUAUUAAUAAAGUGGGGAUGUCUUCCCUCUCCCCACGUCUUUUUUUUUUUGCCAAUGGCCAAAACAGAUAUUGGUAGGGAGUUAUAGUAAAUCAACAGCAGACUUUUAAAUCUGGUUUAAAAAAGUCUCAUUGAAAGGAUUUAUAUGUGAGUUUUUUUAAUGGAAUAGAUGAAAUUAUUGUGAUUAAUAUUCAAUGCUGGUUUUAAAUGAUUUAUAGAGGCCAGAUUGUUAGGACGCUCGACUCAAAAUCUGCGUGUCGCGGGUUGGAAUUCCAUUCUCGAACUUGAUCGCCCUUUAAGCCAUGGGACGUUGUAAUGUGAUGGUCGAUCCCACUAUUGGAUCAGGGUAGCCCAAGAGUUGGCGGUAGGUGGUAUUGACUAGCUGCCUUCCCUCUAGUCUAUCACUCAUGAAUUAGAACGACUAGCACAGAUUGUCCUCGAGUAGCUUUUCACGAAAUUCAACAAACAAGAAUUUACAUAAUAUUAAUUUGAAAUUUUACAAAAUAAUCGUAUGUUUGUCGUUAAUGGAAAAGUGAAAUCCAGUUUUAAUAUUAAUGAUAACUUUCUUUACCAAUGGCGUGUCGUCUAUAUAUGUACCCGGAAUUCAUAAAAUGUUUUUAUUCCACAAGUUUUCAAAAUAUGAAAUAUACAUAGGGCUGAUUGUAAGCACACUGGUCACGUGAGCUGUCUUCUCGUUUGUGAACGCAUGUGAUGCCAAAAGUUUCAUUACAUCGCAAGGCAACAUGAUGCUGCGUGUAGCUCACUUCCAGAUCAUCCGAUCAUUGAAAUAAGUACAACACAAGUGAACUAUUUUUUAAAACGUGUCCUGACAAAAAGUAGUUUCUCCGGACGCUGCUGUGAAAUAAAACAAGUUUUUCUUUUCUUUUUUUCUUUUUUGGGGGAGAAGUGUUUUUUUAUGCUUCUUUUGUGUUAUAAUUCAGGUUUGCACGUCCUGCUGAUUACUAUUUUACGAGUAUAGUUAUUGGAAAAUGUAACACAGGCAUUUAACUAUAGAACUGAAUCACUCAUGACGGGACACUUGCUAUAAGAUAACACCUCAACUUGUACCUGAUUGGCUGAUAACACGUCUCAUCACCAUCCCAACCAAACCAAAUCUCGCUUGCACACUCUACUAAAACAUUAUAGGUAUUAUAUAACUAAUAGUAGGGUGUUCGUUUCUUGUCUAUUAAACCUUUUUCAGGCAAAAUAAUUUGAUUUAUAAAAUAUAACACUUAAAUAGAAUAAAGGGGCAAUUUUUGAGAAAUUAUAUAAAUAUAUAUAUAUAUAUAUAUGUAUAAAGGUGUUCAUUUAGAAACUUAGGAAGUCACAGACUAAAACAGUGUUAUCGAUUUAACUAUCUGCGAGCCUUGAAAGCUCAAAUAAGGCACCUUGUGCAUAUACAGGUAUAAAAGAGCACUUUAGAAGAAACUUUUUAUCUGUUUUCUAAAGUGCUAUUUGCAUGCCCUGCUAAUAGGUUACGACGCGCCACUGUACUCUAACAAGUAUGUAGCAAUAAGUAAAUAAAAUACUCUGAGGACAGCUGGAAUUGUAUUGAAAAACACUUCGUAUGAUACAUUCUCUAUAGAUAUAAAAUAAUAAAAUAUUAUAAACACUUUUGUAAAUAUAUAUUCCAUUUCUAAAGAAACUGGUUUGUUUGCAUGUGUAUAAAAAUGAUUAUCUGAACGUUUGCUCUCACAAGAUUUCAAGUUUAAUCUUAGAUUUAAAAAUAAGACUAGGAUAUGAAAUUAUGACUCAGAUUGGGCAACAUUGCUAAGGGAAUGUAAUCGGUAAUUUUUAGACACGUGAAACGCUUCAGGUAACGUUUCUGAUUCACGUUCAUUUCCGUUGAGUUCUUUGGUAGAGAAUACAAGAUUGGUAUUUUCAACUCUCCUUUAUCAAAACUUCGGCCGUUCUUAACUUGUUUAUCCAACCUACUUUUUUUCUAGCGUAACGGAAUUUAUCCCUCUUCAGGUUCGGUGCCAGAUGGGUCACACCCUUCACGGAAUUUUCCUAGUUUCUAUUUUUCAUUUGUGAUCUUACUGCUACGUUAAUAUCGAACCCUGAAAUAUGUUGAUUUAUGAUAAUAAAAAUAACUCGGGGUGUUGUGUUCCAAUAGAAAUAUUCAUAGUUUCUAAUCUGAAAACUAAAUAUGGAGAGACACAAAAUUAAUAUGUUGCCUGAUUAUUCACAUUAACAUUUUUUUUUAAAUCCAUGUUCGUCAUAAUAGCUCAAUUCCAAAUACAAAUAUAUUUAUAAUAACUAUAAUUGUGGUCCCAUAGCUAAUUCAUUGCCCCUCCGCCUGAGGGAAGCUGGAGCCUGGCCUGUGCCUCCUGCUCCCAUUUCAUACCAGAAAUGUGUAAUUGUUUUCUCUAUAACUGAAAGAAAAAGACUUCACAUAUGCUAGACUGAAAGCAAAAGUGUUUCUUACAAUCCGUUAAAAUAUUUUGAGUCGAUAUAUUUGUCAUAAAACAAUUUGUUCGGUCGCGCAUAUUGAAUUAAUACAGUUCGAAUUUGAUUCCGGAAACCUAAAGUUCAAAUACAUGUAGAUGCCAUUAGAGCUAUUCGUAUCAUAAUUAAUAUUGAGAACCUUAAAGGCAUGCAAGCAAGAUUUUAAAACGUCAUCCCUACUAGAUAAUCAAUUUUGUAACCGCAAAUAUUUAAGCUUAGGGCGUAGUUUCCCCGAAAGGGGGCCGAAGGCCGCCUGUAGGAGUCACCUGUAUUAACUACUUACGCCAUUAUACAGUAAUGUGUUAUCUGCAAGUCAGUCAGUAGACUCUAAAAUGACUUUACAUAAGGGACGCUUAACGUUGCAAUUUGUACUAUAGUGACGUCAAUAAAACGUGUGCAUGCCAUGAAUCACGAGGAGAAUUAUGCAUCCUGUAGACUAUAAUACAGAAUGACAUAUGAAUUUCAAAAGCAAGAAAUAAAAAUAUUUGUUGCUCUUAAUUUUGGUUUUAUUUACUCUUGAAACAGAAUACUUUCGGGGACCCUGCGGAAGAGCAUCAAGUGUAUAUGUUUAAUGAGUUUGAGAGAGUUAAAUGUAUUCGGAUAACUUAAAAGUUUUGGUACCGUGUGUAUUGCUCCUUUGAAAUUCAAACGUGUAAAUAUUUGUUGAAAGGAUAAAGUGAUUAAAAAUAUUAUGGGAGCAUAUUUACACAAAAAGUGAUAGGCCUAAAUUUAACAUCUGUAACAUAUUUCAAGUUGGAAGGUAAAACACGAAGUGUUAAAAUGAUAUGGCCAGGCGUCGAUUAACAAUUAGCGUGCCCGUUCUGAAUCAGAGGGUUCAUGGCUUUCUGCGCUCUAAAAAUAACGUUCCGACAAGAGCAGCCCAAGAGUUGGCGGUGAGUGCUAUUGACUGUCUGCCUUCUUUCUAGUAUGUCAAUUCAAAAUUAGUGACGGCUAUACGUAGAUAGCCUUUGUGUGAUUUUACGAGAAAUUUCUUUUAAAAAAACUAUAAAAACAUGACUUUAAAUUGUACUGUUAUACCACGUGGACCCCUGGUGGUGCAGCGGUAAGUGGGGGGCUUAUAACGCUAAAAAUUGCGUUUUGAUACUGCGGUGGGAAAAGCCCAUUUUGUAACUUUGUGCUUUCGGCAAACCAAAUAACAUAUCACGUGAUUUUAAGUUCUUUACAUGAACGAGUAAAUUUUCUGUCGCAAAACUGGUGUGGACAUCCUGGUUGUAAUGGCGAUGAUGAGCACUGAAGUUACCGAUAAAACUAGACACACAUGAAUAUAGCUAAGUAAUGAAUUUCUCACUGACAAUUUUCUUUGGGACGAGGUUUAAAUUCUAAAUCAAGGCUAUUGACACGAUCUCGUUCAUUCUUGCAACGCAGUUGCUUUUUUACUUGUCUUGUAAUUAGACACAAAGCAGCAAGGUGUUGGACUGUUUUUUAAACUGUAUUCACAGAUAAAAGAAACCAGUUUUAAAACUUCAGGAACGGAACACGCUUGAAUAUUGUACAUUAUUAUAAUUAGUAAAACUAAACUGUGUAUAUUGGAGGAAACUUUGUUUACAGUUUAGUGAAAACGUAUUAUAUGGAUACUCAAGUGACUAAUAAUUAGAAAUAAUAAUUGAUUUUUUAUACGGAAAACUGUUCCAGAAUACGUGGAUUGCAGCUUAUAUAUAUACUUAUAUAUUUUUCAAUACAUUUGUUUUUAUACGGAUAACUUAUUAUUCCAGUGUAAUUUUUACAUUAAUUUUAUCCUAUAUAAAUCAAAAUGAUAACCCAUCCAAGGAGUUUGCUUUAUGAUCACAUGAACUGCGUAGAUAAUUCAGGAAAGUAGCUCCAGUUAUAGUUCCUGUUUAUAUAAUUAGUAUUAGGUGGAAGGUUAGUCACAGUUCAAAUAAUAGUUGUUAUAUAUUAAGACUUGAGUAACCUUACCUAGUUGUCGGUUUUGGACUUAUCCCAUUCUUGCCCCCCCCCCUUAUAAAUAUAAGUAUGUUUCAGUACAUCAGCAAUGGAAUACUUCCACGUGUUGAUGUGCAGACGAUAACAUAAUAUGUAUAGUUAGGAAGUUUACCAAACCAUAUGCCAUAUGGACAUGCUUAUUUUGGUGGUGUUAUCAUAUGCUUUAGUGUAACCUCCUAAACAUUUAAUUCAAGAUUCAGGUUAGUUUAAUUUAUUUACAUAAAAUUUGUCAUGUUUGAUCAACAUUGACUCUUAUUCAACCACUUAAUACUGAAAUGAUUUAAUUCGUAGCAAAGGAUUGGUUAAACUUCUCACUAUAAGCUUAUGUAACAAAUGAUGAACAUGACAAGAGUAUUAUAUGUGUGAAAGUAUGGAAUACUUUUAUGUAUCACUACACUGGUACCUGCUGUUCCAUUAAAAGAUAGAAGUACUGGAAA